AUGAUGUGUGGAAGAAGGGACAAUCAAAAGGGGUUGGUGGCAGGUGGAAUCACAUCGGAAUUUGGAGACUGGCCGUGGCAGGCUGCUAUUUACGAUGUUGUUAAGAGAGAUGUGAUAUGUGGAGGAGCUCUCAUCAUGCAGGAAUGGGUGCUGACUGCUGCACAUUGUCUUACCGUCGAGAACACCAUACGAACUCGCUUCCCUAAAGACUUCCGUGUCUACCUUGGGAAACACCAUCGAGAUAUUUCCAAGGAUGACGAAUUCGUGCAGAUGCAUCAGGUGUCCCACAUUAUCGUGCAUGAAGACUUCAGCUUACAGAACUACGAUUCGGACAUCGCUCUAUUGCAUUUGGCGAAACCCUCAAUAUUGUCUCAGCGGGUCCAGUUAAUAUGUCUUCCGGAUCUCACUGAGGUGAACCUUGAACCUGGAAAUAAAGGAUGGAGCUCCGUUAACAUAAAAGUUGCCAAAAUACUCGUCCACCGGCCAACCCCGAAACUGCCUAACCUAUUAGAGAGUUGGCGCCACUUCAGGUUAUUUCUAUGUCGCCUGAUAACGACUAACAUCACAGGGUCACAUGAUUUCACGCGUUCUCUCACCUCAAACAUGUUCUGUGCUGGUCAUGAUCAAAAGACAUCCUCUGAC